AUGGUGAACAGCCUGUGGUUCAAGUGGAAAGCUCUGCGCCUACCCUGGAGGAAAUCUUUCUUAGUCGGCCAGGAUCUCGCCGGCAACACCUUCUGGGAGUUCAAAGAUGUCUUGAAUGCAAACCGUUGGCGCCGAAUUGUCCGCUACGAUCCGAAAACACAUUUCAGUGAUGUUCAAGUGACACCACAAUGGCACCAAUGGCUACGGCAUGUCCGAAAAAAUCCACCGAGCAUCGAAGAGCAAAAGCAGGAUCUCGUCCGCCAAGCGCAAAUAAAACAACUCGCCCGGCUCGCCGACGAACGCUGGGCCAGCAAAGCCUCAUUCCUUGACAAGCCCAAGUCCCAACCUGGACCAGCGAGUCAACCCGGUGGUCCCAGUUUGAACUAUCCUGCUGCCACCACCCAAGCUGCCAACGCCCAAGCCGCACAGGGUGCGCCGGCCGCCACACCCACCAAUGCGCCACAGGCGGACCCUGCCUCUACAACGCCGGAGACGAAAAAGGAAGAGAACCCAUGGGCUAAUGCCAGCAAGAAUAACCCAGGCGAGGAAUGGCAGCCUGAGGCGUGGACCCCAAGUUCCAAGCGGUAA